GGCAUGGGAGCGGAGCGGGGCGGCCGGCGCGGAGCGGAGCUGCCGUGGGGGCGGCCCGCGGGCGGCCCCUGGCCCAUGGCCUUCAUCAUGAUGAAAAAGAAGAAGUUCAAGUUCCGCGUGGAGCUGGAGCUGGACGAGCUUUCCUCCGUGCCUUUCGUCAACGGCAUCCUCUUCUGCAAGGUGCGGCUGCUGGACGGGGGCAGCUUCAGCGGGGAGUCCUCCCGGGAGGUAGUGCAGGCAAACUGUGUCCGCUGGAAGAAAAAGUUCUUAUUUAUGUGUAAAAUCAGUGCCAGUGCCACAACAGGGAUUCUGGAUACUUGCACUUGCAGGGUGUCUGUACGGAAGGAAUUAAAAGGAGGAAAGGCAUAUGCAAAGCUGGGAUUUGCAGAUCUAAAUCUAGCAGAGUUUGCUGGAUCGGGAAUUACCACUCGUCGCUGUUUACUGGAAGGUUAUGAUACCAAAAAUACAAGACAAGACAACUCCAUUCUCAAAGUUUUGAUCAACAUGCAGCUCAUGUCUGGAGACCCAUGCUUUAAAACGCCUCCUUCCACAGCAACAUCUAUAGCAAUUGCUGGAGAAUCAGAAUCUUUGCAUGAAGACAGGAAAGGUGGAGAAAACUUAAAAGUAGCACAUCUGGGAAUAGCAGAUAUCUCAUCAAAGAGUGCCUCUGUCCCAGAUGAACUUGGUGCAUGUGGACAUUCCAGAACAUCAAGCUAUGCAAGUCAGCAAUCAAAACUGUCAGGAUAUAGCACAUGUCACUCUAGAUCAUCCAGUCUGUCUGAACUCUGCCACAGGAGGAACACCUCAGUUGGGAGUACCUCAGUGGGGAGUACCUCAACAGGAACUGGAAGUAUUCUAGAGCCAUGUGAAGAGCCUGAGCCAAAAGUAACUGAAGCUAAUGUUGAUACAUCUCCUGAAGAUGCACCAUCAGAAAAACAAUGCAGACAUCCUGUAAAGCAAGACUCUGUGGAGUCACAGCUUAAGAGGGUUGAUGCUACCAGAGUUGAUGCUGAUGAUAUAGUUGAAAAAAUACUUCAGAGUCAAGACUUCAGUUUAGACUCAAGUGCAGAAGAAGAAGGUUUAAGAUUAUUUGUGGGCCCUGGUGGAAGCACUUCUUUUGGAAGCCAUCAUCUGCCUAACAGAGUAGGAUCUGGAGCAUAUGAGCAGGUGGUGAUAAAACGUUGAACUAGAAUGACAAACAAGGAAAACUUCGAGCUCUGGUGUUGAUACUUCUGGUUUUGUUUGCUCUGUUGCAAGAGUUGAGAAACACAAAAUUAACUCAAUGUGAUAUUUUUCUGAAAAGGAAUGGAAUGCCUCUUGCUCCUAGAGCAUCAUCUUCUGUGGUAUGAAGGCAAUGUGUAACUGUGUAUACCUUGUGAGAGCACUUGGACUGUUUUUGUAAGCUCUAUCUGAUGUUAUUGGAAUUACUUUCUGUGUGAAACAUCUUUGGAAGCAUGAUGA